AUGAACCACCACGAGAAGCUCGAGUUCAGAAAGGAAAGAGAGCACCUCAAAGAGUUGCUGGGAAAGCUCGAGAAGUCCCGACAGAUUGCGAAUGCGGUCCAUUACGAGGCAUCGCUCCGCAACUCAGACCAAGAUUACGACAAGCGUCAAGUCCUAUCGAACUACCUAUCGACGGAGUCGAAUGGACUUCACGCUCGCGCAGAGAUGCAAAUCUAUCGCAUGAUGGGCAACACGUCCAAGUACUUCGUGCAGAACCAAGUUCUGGACUGUGAUACGCUCAGGCAGCUGGUGGCAGCGUUGGAGUUCUGGGUUUUUUUAGCUUUGGAAGGAGCCCUCGGCCACUUGCUUGAGCAUAAAGAUGUCAAGAUGGUGUAUGAGUCGAACGGAUCCGCUGCAGAGGUCUUUCGAGCAUUCCUGAAUAUGCUGAAAGCCAAGCGAGGAUUCAAAGCUUGGACACAUAAUAAUAUGAGCCAGGUGGUCUUCAGCGUCCACGAAGCUGUGGAGGGGUUCAAGAAUAGGAAUCACAAAGCAAAUUCUGCUGGUCAAGUCACGAACGGGUUAGGAAAUCUACGCAAACCUGCACCGAGACCCAACCAGCCAUCUAAGGAGUUGCAACAUUCUUUUGUCGACCUUCCCAAGGAGCCAAUAUAUCAAAAGGAACAAGAAAAAUGCGAGGGCUCCGUGCCAACCAAGCCACCCAUGACAAAUUUAGCUGGAAAAAAGCCCGCUCUCACAAUUGACGGAAAGGUCAAGAAUUCUUCUGAUCGCUUGGCUUCAUUUCGUUUGACCCGGGAAGUGGCAUUUGAAAAGCACUUACAAUCAACGCAUGUACAUCUCGUCCAAAAGUUAAAAGGGCCAUCCCAAGAGAACAUUUCUCAGGACGGGCCAUACGAGACGACAGAAGAGCCCUUGCAACAAACCUCAACCUCAUCUAACCUUAAGAGACCACACGACAGUGACACAACAAAAGUCCAGCCUCUCCAACCUUCAAAAUCCGAACCUCCUGCCAGAAAGUUCACGGGAGAUAUUUGGGAAGUGUCGGGUGACGAAAGUGACGUUCCAGAGAGGAAAGCUGUAGGCAAAGAGGUGAGGCUCAGUACAGCAGAUGUUCUCAGUGCUUGCGUCCUCCAGAUAGCAAUGGCGCUGACAAGAAAGCAGAAAACAACGGAAGAAACAGCAGCAUCCAACAGCAAUGAUGGCGAUAAUUGGCAGAAUCACCGUCGUCCCGAACCUGUCCAUUCAUCUCCCUCUUCCGCUAACGAAACUCCCCGCGAAAGCACACCCGUUCAACGUCUGUCAGCAAGUCUCCCCAGAUUCGAGGAAAAGUUCAGCGCAGUUGAGAGAGCCCAUGCUGGCGCCAAAUCUACCUUCGAAACUGCAAAAGGAAAAGCUGUCGAGGCAAACAUGUCCCUGGCGGGCUUCGAAACAAAGGCACGGACUGGACUGGAAGAGAUUUUGACACUCAAUCCAAAAGCUGGUGAAGACUGGACAUGGGACAGUCUCCGUACUCAGGCGGAAGCUUUCCAGAGAUUUGGCUUCGAUAAGCGGAGACAGCUUCUUGCUGUCCAGGUUCCGAUUCGUGAGGAGGAAGAGACGCGAAAGAAGUUUGAGGAAGCGAAGACAGAGUACGAGAAGUGGAAGAAGAAGAUGGAGCUUCUGAACAAAGCGGUGGAAGCAUUUGAUGAGGACUGA